UCGCAGCUGAAGUUCAGCAGCUGAACGUGUCGUCGAGCAGUCGAGCUGUCGAGCUGUCGUUGAGGUUCACGCGGUCCGGCUGGAAGCGACCGAUGACGUAGUGCGGACGGUGCGGGUCAUCCGAUUCGAUCUUAAAUCUCACAAUGAGCGCCCAUCGACUGGAGCCCUGUAUCCAGCUUCCUCUCUCGAAGGACGAGCUGAAAGAGAGCGUGGAUAAAGCGAAGGAUUGGGCGCUUAUGCACGGGAUAUCCAUGCGGUCCAGGAAGAAUUUCAACAUGGACCAGGUACAAGUACUGCCCGUCACGCUGUUACCAUCGAGUUUCCCCAGGAAGGCCUUUCUAGCUGUGAAAAAUGUACAAACGUUACUGAACGAGCUCAUCCACAAGGUCGCUCACGACAAGGAAUUCCUUGCGAGCAGCUUAAAAAGCACAGUCCAGGCUGAUCCGUUUACAGCAAAGCUAUUUCACAUCUAUGAGACAGUGUACGAAAGAGGCUUCAGUCAGAGUGUAAGCCUUGGCCUGUUGAGAUCGGAUUAUUUAUUACACGACGAUGGCUCUAAGAUAAAGCAAGUUGAGAUAAACACAGUGGCAACCAGUUUUGCGGCCCUGGCUACAGUCACGUCAGAGUAUCAUAAAUACAUGUUAGGAGAACUGGGCUAUAGGAAGAAUGCAUGCGAGCAAAUUCCAGAAAAUAAUGCUCGUGUUGGAUUUUGUAAGGGAUUAAUAUUUGCGUGGAAAAUGUAUAAUAAUCCAGAGGCUAUAAUAUUGUUUGUUGUUGAAGAUGUAACAUAUAAUAUAAGCGACCAAAGACUUUACGAGUUCCAAAUUCGUCAAUUAUGUCCUGAAAUUAAGAUUGUUCGGAGAAGCCUGACAAGUUUGGCAUCGGAAGGAAUAAAACUGGGACCAAAUAAAGAAUUAAUUGUUUCAAAUAUGGUAGUGGCUGUAGUUUACUAUCGGUCAGGUUACGAACUCGAAGCCUAUCCUACAGAAAAGGAAUGGGACAUUAGAUUGUUAAUAGAAUGUUCUCGUGCAAUAAAGUGCCCAUCAGUACAGUAUCAUUUAGCAGGUACUAAAAAAGUUCAGCAAUCUUUAGCUCAGCCCAGUGUGUUGAAAAAAUUCCUGAAAGAUGAUACAUAUGUUGCUAGAGUGCAAGAAAUAUUCACUGGUUUAUACACGUUAGAUUUUAAUGACGAUGGAGAAAGAGCAGUACAAAUGGGUAUAAAUGAACCAAGUAAAUAUGUUCUUAAACCACAAAGAGAAGGAGGUGGAAAUAACAUAUACAAUGAGAAUAUAAGGUCGUGGUUAAAUUCGAUGAAGAAAUCACAAGAGAGAACAGGGUGGAUUCUUAUGGAUCGCAUUUUUCCUCCAUUACAGAAAAAUUAUUUAAUCCGUGCUUCUGAGGAAUCGCCGUUACAAGAUAACAUUGACCUAUCGGAUGUUAUAUCAGAACUCGGCAUAUAUGGAGUGAUAGUGGGGAAUAGCAAUGAAAUAAUGCUAAAUGAACAAGUAGGGCAUGUUCUAAGAACCAAAUUAGCAAGUGAAGAUGAAGGCGGGAUAGUAGCAGGCGUUGGCGCGCUUGAUAGCCCCUAUUUAAUUAGCUGAAAUCUAGAACCAAGUCUCUAGAACAAGAAUUCUAAUUAAAUAAAUGAUGAAUAUCGGAUGUGGAUUAUUGGGAAUAGUGGGUUUUGGGAAUCAACCAUCCUGCCGUCCUAACUUAGAAAGGUUGGGACGGUAGUAUUUAUGUAUCCGGCGGCUCUGCAUUUUUCUAAAUAAUUUUCAAAUGUUAGAUUUUUGUCAUAAUUGAAUUAAAAUUAAAAUAACAAUAGUAAUAAUAUGUCACACAAUUGUCACAGGAUAACAAUAAACAACAGAAUGCAAAACCAUA